AUGCAGACAACUUAUUUUCUCUUCGUUGGAGCCUUGGUACUGUUGCACUUUAUCGCAACUGGCUCAGCUAGCAUAAUUGUAGCCAACAACCAAAACAACACUGUUGAUCUGAAUGCUCUUCUUGCCUUCAAAGCCGCCAUUUUCGAUCCUCAAAGGAUCAUCCCAACCAACUGGUCCACAUCUACCUCUGUUUGCAACUGGAUUGGAAUCACUUGUAAUACUCGUCAUCACAGAGUCGCAGCCAUUGACCUUUCUUACAUGGGAAUUGCGGGAACUAUACCUCCACAACUGGGAAAUCUUUCUUUUCUCGUCAGGUUCAAUGUCAUGAAUAACAGCUUUCAUGGACAUCUUCCAACCGAGCUCUCUCGUCUGCGCCGAUUGAAGUACAUCAGCUUGGAAGGUAAUGCCUUUGAGGGAGAACUUCCGUCGUGGUUGGGAGCUUUAACUGCACUCCGAUACUUAUCCUUCCGAGAUAACGGAUUUUCAGGUUCAUUAUCAGGCAGACUCUCUAAUUUCACAAAGUUAGAGACCAUCUGGUUGGGUCACAACUUCUUUACGGGAAAUCUUUCAGAAGAAUUCAGUGCUCUACCGAAACUGAAACUUUUGGAAAUUCAACAUAACCAACUCGCAGGCCCUCUGCCACAGGCUCUAUUUAACCUCUCCUCGUUGCAAUUUAUUGGUUUUACGAAUAAUAGCUUAUCGGGUUACCUUCCAGCACAUAUCUGCGAUUAUCUCCCACAACUUAAAGGGCUUUACUUAUCAGGGAAUUACUUUGAAGGUGAAAUUCCAUCAGGCAUUGGAGAAUGCUCAGGACUCCAAGUUUUAUCCUUGUUUGACAACAAAUUCCGAGGAUAUAUACCAAAAGGAGUUUGGAAUCUAACCACGCUUACAGUUUUAUAUUUGGGUGGGAACGACCUGACAGGUGAAAUUCCAAAAGUCAUUGACAAUCUCUAUAAUUUGGAGAAACUAAGCAUGCAACGUGCUAAUGUGACAGGUAUAAUACCUCAAGAGGUUGGUAAUCUUAGCAAGUUGGAACUAUUAGACUUCGCCUCGAAUAGGUUGAGAGGUCCCAUUCCGCUGAAACUUUUCAAUAGUUUAACUGCACGAAUUAUUUCUGUCACGGAGAACGAUUUAUCAGGCGAGCUUCCAUCAACUAUAGGUGCUUUCUUACCCAAUCUUGAGGAACUCUACCUUGGGGUAAAUGAAUUCACUGGAACUAUACUAACAUCUAUCCUAAAUGCUUCUAGGCUCAGAAUCCUAGACCUUGGUGAUAACCAUUUUACUGGUGCAAUUCCUCGUUCUCUUGGAAACUUGAGAUUACUGGAACAGUUUGUUAUAUCGCAAAAUGGUUUUUCUGAGGCCUCGCUAUCCAAAGAGUUGAGCUUCAUCAUAUCCCUAUCAAAUUGCAAACAUUUAAGAAGGUUGUGGUUAGAUGAGAAUCCUCUGAAUGGCUUCCUCCCAAAGUCUAUUGGAAAUCUUUCUAGCUCACCCGAAAAAUCCAUUUCUGCCGCUCGUUGUGGAAUCAUAAGUGAAAUUCCAAGUUCGAUUGGUAAUUUGAGCAACUUGAUUGAGCUGGACUUUUCAAUCAAUAGUUUGACUGGAGUAAUUCCAACUACAAUCAAAUGGUUGUUGAAGCUUCAGGUCAUAGAGCUAACUGACAAUCAGAUACAAGGAGCUAUUCCAAGUGAGCUUUGUUAUUUGCUGAACUUAGGAGGAUUAUAUCUGGCAAAAAAUAAGCUCUCUGGUAUGGUGCCUUCUUGUUUGGGAAACGUUACAACACUGAGAUAUGUUUAUCUCUAUUCUAACAAUUUAAGAUCUGUGAUACCAACAAGCUUUUGGAGCCUUAGAGAUAUUUUGGAGCUAGACAUGUCAGGAAAUUAUUUGACAGGUUCUUUGCCCGCAGAUAUUGGAAACUUGAAGGCAUUAGUCUAUUUGAACCUUUCAAAUAAUCAAUACUUGGGUGGGAUACCUAGCACUAUUGGAGCACUACAGGAUUUGCAAGAACUCUCCUUUGAACGUAACAAGCUGCAAGGAUUGAUACCAGAUUCCAUGAAGAAUAUGUUGCAGUUAUGGCAUUUGGAUCUAUCUUUUAACAAUCUGGAAGGUGAAAUUCCCAACUCAUUACAGCUGAGAAAGAAAAUUCUAGCUCCAACUCAGAACUUGCUUCCCAUGGCGACAUUUGAAAGGGCAUCCUUCCAUGAACUUAGACAAAUAACAAAUGGAUUCAGCGAGAGUAACUUACUUGGCUCGGGGAGCUUUGGUUCAGUUUACAAGGGAAUUCGCGAAAAUGGGAUGGUUUGGGCCAUAAAGGUAUUCGAUUUGCAGCCAGAAGGUGCAUUUAAAAGCUUAGACAGAGAAUGUGAAAUCUUAAGCUGCCUUCGUCAUCGAAAUUUAACUAGAGUGAUUACUGCUUGCUCUAACCUUGACUUUAAGGCUUUGGUGCUCGAAUACAUGCCCAAUGGAAGCCUUGAGAAAUGGCUUCAUGUAAACCAUCAUGUCCUAAGUAUCAUGCAAAGGUUGGAUAUCACGAUAGAUGUGGCUUCUGGUUUGGAAUAUCUCCACUAUGGUUAUUCAACUCCUAUAGUUCAUUGUGAUUUGAAACCUAGCAAUAUUCUCCUAGAUCAAGACAUGGUUGGACAUGUUUGCGAUUUUGGAAUUGCAAAGUUGUUAGGAGAUGGAGAAUCGGUGGUACAAACAAAAACUCUUGCUACAUUUGGAUAUAUUGCCCCAGAGUAUGGACUGGAAGGAUUGGUUUCAACAAGUUGUGAUGUCUACAGCUUUGGAAUUACAUUGAUGGAGACAUUUACAAAAAGAAAGCCUAAGGAUGAGAUGUUCACAGAAGAGUUAAGCCUCAGGCGUUGGGUACAAGAUUGCUUACCAGAUUCUGUGAUUCAGGAAAUAGAUGUAGAUUUACUUCAUCCUGAAGACGGACUGGUACAAAAGAAGAUUAACUGCAUAUCAUCUAUCUUGCAACUUGGUUUAAGUUGUACAACAGAUGCUCCUCAGGAGAGAAUAAACAUGAAAGAAGUUCUAAGAGCGCUACAGAAGAUCAAACUCCAGUUUAUCAAAGACAUCACACCUUGAAGCAGAGCCCUGAGGUGCAAAUGUAUUUGGGGAAUUCUUUGUCCUGACUUGGUGCACCACCGAAAUGCUUAAAGUUCAAGGAAGGAAUGAGAUAUGUUAAUGUAUUACCAAUAAAUUGUUUACAGA